UGUUAUGCAUAAACGUGUAUAUGAAAAACAGUAUAAUCGUGUUUCUUAAAUUUUCGCGGUAACCGUGUGACAGUAGACACUAAAACUAUUCCUAUAUCCUAUACGCCCUUUGCUUUGGUUCUGCCUAAGAAUACAAGCAUCAAAAUAUAAUCGUACUUCUGCUAAAUUAUCAAUUAGUUUAUUUUGCAUCUAAUAACCUUGUCCCAUUAGCCUGCAUUUAAAUAAAGUCAGUUUCAGCUGUUAUUCUUCAUAUUCGUAUGUACACAAUUCAGCUAAGUGUGUACGGGUUAAUAUUUAUCACUUCUCAAUAAUACGACUUGUACAAAGUCGAAAGCUGUCGCGCUUUUCUACAGUUUCCGCACUACGUUCUGAAAAGAUGCCUGGAGCGUCUUGGCAAGGCUUUUUACUGAUUGCUAUCGUCAUAGCCACUCUUUUUGGCAAUAUUUUAUGCCUCUAUAUACUCGUUAGGCUGCAGAGACGUCUACUAAAACGUCCUCUCUACAUAUUCAUCUUCAACAUCUGCGUGGCGGAUAUCGCUGUGGUUCUCUGUUCGAUGAUCUUCAAGAUAACCGACUUCUUCUACCAGGAUUGGCUCUACGGCGAGGGAAUGUGUCAAUUCGUGGAGUAUUCCCAGCGUGCUCUGUUUCGCGUUAACGUUCUUACGCACACCUCGAUCGCGUUCGAACGAUACUUCAGCGUCGUGUUUGCGCUCAAACCACAAGUACAGAUCUCGAAACCAUUGGCGCGUCGGAUCCUCGCCGCCAUAUGGGUGCUAUCAUUCCUUCUCUCGAUUCCACUCAUCUUCUCUUUCGAGGUCUUGAAAGGUGGUGACGAACGCAUUUGCAGGUUGGUUCACCUUCCCUGGCUUUGGCUGGAUAAAUUGUACAACAGCUUCGACCUCGCGGUGUUCUUCAUCAUACCACUUGCGGUCACCCUGUUCCUCUACGGUAGCAUCAUAACGUCGCUCAAUCGCCGCAAACGUCGGACCGGAGAUCUGGGUUCCAUCAGCGCCACAAUGAAUACAAUAAGAGCGGCGAUCCGAGGUGUUCGUGUCUCGAUAAUCGUCUUGACCGCCUUCCUCAUCUGCUGGAUACCUGUCAUAGUUAAGGGAUUCAACCGUCUGGUACAUCGAAACGCGAACAGGGAUCGCAAGGACGAAUUAUACAUCGUUGCAAUGUACCUUGCUUUCGUGAACGAUGCAAUUGUGCCAAUCCUCUACUGUCUUCUAGACAGCAACCUAGCGCCUUCCGUAUGGACUAUUUUCUACUGUUUUAAUCGCGACGGGCAAAGUGAGGAAACCUCGGAUGGCAACGAGACGAUCAACGAAUAGCAACGCAACUCUCCUUCUCUUACUUUUUGCAACGAUAGAGGGCAAUCCCCGUUGACAUUGUCAAAAGUCAAAGACUUGAUCAUGUUAACUGGGAAUGUUAGAGAAGUAUAUAUAGUGUGUAAAGGUGAUCUCAGUAUAGUUUGGGCGGGUUUUUGAGAACGUGAUUGAGGAAGUGUCAGAACUGUGUUGAACUGCAAAAUAUGGGUUGGUUAACCGGGGUCUGAGAAGAUAGAAAAAGAAAAGACCUGUGGGGCGUCUUUCAGGACAAUCAGAACGAUAGAUUGACUUACGAGUGAAAGGGACUUGUGAUUAAAGUAAAGACUCCACAAUACGGACAGCGCGAGUGUUUUAUGCAUAUAAAUUUCAUGUCGGUAUAUUAUUGCCGUAUUGUUUAAGGAGCGUCCUGGAAUACAGUUGGUAUGUGGACUUGCAUUAUAAACGCUGAUCAAUCGCCCAGUACAAAGAAAACUAUCAUUGUAUGUCUUGGCCGCCUAUUGUGAAAGAAAUCAAUUUUUUCCUUUUGGUCGUCUUGAACUGAAUUGGCUCUACAUGCAGUUACAGUUACAACUAAGGGCAGUUUUCCACUCGGCGGAAUUCUUCGAUCGAACGAAAUUUUUUGCUCGAUUUUCUUUUCAAUGUGACCGGUGACGCGGGUAUCCGCCACGGUCGAGUUCUCAUAAUUGAAAAAAAUAUCGGACGAAAAAUUUCGUUCCGUCGAAAAAUUCCGCCCAGUGGAAAACCGACUUAAGACGGAUUUUAAGGCCGAAAGGAUAUUGCAAACUUCAGAGAGAUGUCACGUCAUUGCGAUGGAAACAAGAAGAGAUGUUUUGGAUACGUUAUGGUAAUUUUAAUGCUCCGACUCUUAAGUAAAUUUGGUUGCAUGUAUAAACGAGUAAUUUAGUCCAUUAUCAUAAACGCACAACCCAUGUUCAAUUAGGCGGAUUUCAUGUUUAAAAAACCCCACGCCAGCUGCAUAUCGCGCAAUGAAAAAGGGCCAUUUGCUUUUCAUAUGAUCAUUGAACAGUAGUUGCUGGAUGCAUGAGAUUCGAUAUGCAAAAUUUAGCGACUGAUAUGGAGUUUGUGGUCAAAAGUAAAUUUGAAUAUGUAGCAACACGUACGUCAAUUUCCAGCUUCAGCACAAAUUUAACAUGAAGAGGGUUUAGUUUAUAAACAACAAUGCCUGGGUUAUAUUCUUUUAGAAUUCACGAACGGCGGUAUAAAUUUAAAGGCAAAGACAAGGUGUUUGAAAGGCGUUUAGCUUGAACGGUGGAUAAGCCAAUGUUUAAAAGUACUCUCGUAGGUCUUAUGAA